AGCUUGUAGCCACUGACUGGCUCGCGCUGGUUUGCUGCUGUCGAGACUAGAAAAGUGGCGCGCGGUAUCGCGAACGUCGCGAACUGAACAGAGCCGUGGAACUGAAGACAGCAGGGCGCGAACUUUUGGUUUCCGUCUGAUAACUGGCAUCUACGCUCCUUUCGUCGGUGGCAGUACCGUGCAUGCGGUGGAGUUAAAUGUUGAGGGCUGGCAGCACCGCAGCAUCACUGACACAAUGGACAGAAAACGGCAGACGCUGAAGGCCUAUGCUUCUCACGUCAGCAAGCUCUGCCCAAAAAACUGGACAGCCAACGAACUUCACACGGAGCUCUGCAACAGCACAAGCCACCUGACCUCCAAGAAGGUUGAUCUUAACCGACCCUGCACCGACAGCGAAACCCAGUUCUGUCAUAUCUACGAUGAGCUGAGCUUGUGGAAUGAAGUCCUCUGCCACUGUCACAUGCAGAUCAAGGAAGUGGCACCCAAAGAGUUGGCCAUCAGUGCCUUUCACGGCAGGAUACUGCAGCCUGGCACGGCUGCGAAAUAUGCACUCGUGCUUGUACACUGGCUUUUGAAGGAGCACCACUGCCUAAAGGCACUCCGGAUUCAGGGCAGCGUCAUCCUUGAGAACUUGGAGCUCCUUUGCGAUGCCCUACGCCUGGCCGUUGGACUGAAGAGCCUGGAGAUCUGGGACAAGCGUAACAUCAGAACAUUUUACCAGCCAGUGAUUGCUCACCAGCGUCUCUUGAGGACCAUCGGCACCCUUGCAGGGCUUGAGGAACUCAAACUAAACUGUGUGCUAUUGUCAAGUAGAGAGCUAGCCAUUCUUAAAACUGCUUUUGAGAACAUGACAUGUUUGAGAUCUUUUGUGGUUAUGAACAUAGCUUUUGAUGUCUCAAUGGCUUCCAAAGAAUGUUUCCAUUUGAUCGAGGGUUUGAAGUGCUGCAAAACCAUCACGGAGUUGUACUUAGGUUGCAACUAUCUUUGUGAGGUGUUGAGUACAGCACUUGCAGAGUACCUCGGUGAUAAUUGCACCCUUAGAGACCUCACUCUACAUUUGCCUUUGGGGGGGGUCCUGCAUCGGGAAGAGCUGGCACCUAUGCUUGGUGCACUUGCAAGAAACAAAGCUCUUCAGAAGUUACACCUAAUUGGGUAUCCACUGUUUGAACUUCAGCAUCACCUGGUUGUCGAAGCCAUGACUGCGAACCAAACAUUGCAGAGUUUGCACAUCACUGAUGAAUGGUCGUGGUUUGGGCACGAGAACUUCCCUGAUAUCAUCAAGAACAACUCUGGGUUGCUUGAACUGGCCCUUGAGGGUCCAAUUAGGGAAGAGGUAAAGUCAUUCACAGAGGCCAUUUGUGUGAACAAGACAAUGCAGAAGCUCAGCCUUAAUUGGUCAAGAGUCUCUGUCUGCGACACAAAGGAGUUCUGCAGCGCACUGGCAAAGAACCAGUCCCUUCAGAUGGUCAUAAUGAGCAAUGUUGAUGAAAAGUUGGUUGAAGGUGUGUAUAAUGUCUUAAAAGAGACAGGGACUGAGCACAGGGUACAUUUUACAAGCAUCUUUAAGAGUGCCCUCGUGUUGCAAGGAGCAUUGGAGAACUGUUCUGAAUUGACAGAGGUCUGUUACUGUCCUUGUCUCCAUGCCACCGUGAGAACUGAAGAUGAUAUCUUUAUUAACAGCAGUGAUAGCAGUAGCGAAGAUGACGAUGGGGGGGAUGAAAAUACCGAUGAUGACGAUGACUAUCUUAGAGAUGAUGGCAACACUGACGAUGACAAUGACUACCUUAGAGGUGAUGGCAACACUGAUGACGAUGACUACCUUAGAGAUGGUGGCAACACUGAUGAUGAUGGCUCUCUUGGAGGUGAUGACUACACCGAUGAUGAUGAAAAUCCUUUUGGAAAUGGCGAUACCACUGAUGACGACUCCCUUGGAGGUGAUAACAGCGUAGACGAUGACACGAGUUCUUACGAUGGCAACGAGAACAGUUACGAUGGCUACAGAAUCUUAAACAUUGGAAACAAUAGAGUGAUCAAAGAUGUUGUUCCAGGAAUCCCCACUUUUCGUUGCUUGAGUACAUCUAAGCACUUGGUAAAGCUUGUCAUAAUGAUGAAUGAAAAGAUGUGUGAGGAGUCUGCAGAACUGUUAGCACAGUUUUUGGCAUUGACGAAGACAUUGAAAUGUGCCACUCUGAGCUUCCCAACAACUGAGUCAUCAACACAGUCCCUCUUGGAUGGACUGCUGUGCAACAAAAGCAUCUCAAAGCUAGAGCUGGGGUACUGGUGUUUCAAGGACCGUCACGCAGAAGACUUUGCUCAGGUGUUGAGAGGGAACAACACCCUUAUUCACCUCACGCUGCACGACAUGAGCUCUCCCCUGAUACUGCAAGAGCUUGCUAAAUGCAUAGCAGACAACAAGUUUCUUCUCAGCAUAAACUUCGACAAGAUGAGGUUCUUUACUGGUGAACCGUGGAUGAUUCGAAUCAUGGAUACCCUGCGACGGAAUUUGUCUUUGCUACAAUGUGCAGUGUGCUUCGUUGUGGGAAACCAUUUCAAGCGAUGUGGGGAGGCUUUCGAACAGCUGUUCCGGAGCCGAACACUGCUGGAGAAGGUACAAGAGCUUGACAGCGAGUCAGAGUCUGUUGCUAAGGAAAGGAUCCUGAACAGCAAGAGGCAUCUUGAUAUCAACUUCUUAGCUGUAGCUGGUGUUGUUAAGAGCAGAGUGGCUUGCAGCGGGGGAAAUGGAAGCCAGAUGAAGCUGGAUGAGCUCGGUGUAGACAACUGGCUACUGGUGCGGUCAUACUUGAAACUGACCGACAUCAAGAAUGCAUCAGGUGAAUCAUGCCCACCACCUUCAAAGAGACAAAAGCUGGAUCGGGCGUGCAAGAGAAAGUUGUAGUUUGUACGGCUUCCACAGCAAGAGACUCGUAGCAUCUAAUGUCGGCGACAGGUUAAGAGUGAAGUGGGAGCUCCUCCCAACUUUUUCCACUUUAGCAGAGCGAACGCUGUAUAGGAGGUCAUCUCUUUUUCAGCGUUCGCUCUGCUAGAGUGGAAAGAGGUGAAGGGGCUUCAACUUCACUCUUAGCCUGUCGUCAACUAUAGCAUUAAGUCUACCAUUUUGUAUUACUCUUUACUUAAAUGCUCUUAACGCGCCUCAACCUCAAAAUGUGCAUUCAACUAGAACACUUUUUUUAAUUUUAUUGCGUGUUUCAACCCAGACAAGCAAGCUGUGGUGCAUUUAGCCAUGAAAAUAAAGUGUUUUACAUUCGAGA